AUGAAGGUCGUUAUUGCAGGAUCAACCGGAUUUAUUGGGAAGGAAGUCGUCCGUCAGGCGCUCCUGCACCCUCAGAUCACCUCAGUCGUCACAUUAUCGCGUCACGACCACGAUCUCGCCGAGGACCUACAAACACCAGAAAUCGAGUCCAAGCUCACGUCUGUCACUUGUUCCGACUUCAAAAACUACCCUCAAUAUGUCAAGGAUGAGAUCUCUGGGGCAGAUGCCUGCAUAUGGCUUAUUGGAGUGACACCCGGCAAACUGAAGCAGUAUGAUUGGGAUCAAGUCCGUAUGAUCUGCUAUGAGUAUGCGCUCUACGCCGCCGACACGUUUGCGAAGCUGCCGCGGGAGGGCAACCCAGACCCGUUGCGAUUCAUCUACGUGAGCGGCUGCAACGCCGAGCGAGACCCCGCAAAGAAGCCAUGGAUUCUUGGAGACUAUUGCCUUCUUCGUGGCGUCCAGGGCCAGGUUGAGAAACAGAUCAUCGAGCGCGCACAUCUGUCGGACGGGAGAAUGCAGGUUCUCGUUACCAAGUCAGGAAUGGUCAAUGAUCCGGAUAUGGGUUUCUUGAAACAAGGGCUGCGUUGGUUCUCGCAUGCUGUCAUCAACAUCCCUAAUAUUGGGAGGACGGAGUUUGUCGCCGGAUUAAUUGAACAGUCAAUCACUGGGUUUGGUAAGGAUACGCUGUCCAAUGCGGAAAUGGUAGAACUUGGAAAGAAGGCGUUGGAGAAGAAUGAGAUCCUGGUGGCGAAGGCUUAA